CUAUCUGCUGCCAUGUUGGGCUCUUACGGAGUCUUUUGGAAACCUCUGGGCGUGCCGGUGUGAUAAUUAUUUCGUAUUCAAGUUAGGUUAGAAUGGCUCAAGGAUACGACUGAUACUUUCUCCUUUUAUAUACCCGUGAAGAUUGAAAUCCUACGACAACGUAAAUUAUGGUGAAGGGCGAGUCACUGGAUGCUUCUAUGGGUCUAUGCGGGUUAUCCUUUGCCCAUGUGGGGAGUUGUAGAUGUGGGCCAACGAAAUUACGAAGAUCCAUUAUUCGUCAUGCAUGCAUGCAUGCAUAUAUCUGCUGUAAUACGUGUCACAGUCCAUGCAAGUUAACAGCAUCACAAAUCACUUUUGACAAGAGAUUUAGUCCGUCUUCGCACGCUGUGGUGUCGGCCCGAUGUCAGCGUCGAGGACAAAUUGAACCUUAAAAGAAUAUGCCUGGCUAGGUCAAACAUGAGAAUU